AUGUCUCAAUCAUCGACUGGCGCCCCCCAGGCCAACUCUGUCACGGUCAGCUACACUCACGCCUCAAAAGACUGUGCCCUUGUCGACAAUGACCCGAGUAACCCGAUUAUCAUCAAUGGCAUAUCAGCCGUCGAGGGCGAACAACUUUGCUUUGCGCGAUUUAUCGUAAGGAGAUCAUCAAACUUUGACUCCUUCAUUGGAAUUCAGCUCGGUUUCCUCCUGAGCACAGAUCUCAACGAGCAAAGCGGCUUUGGCAUUUGUCAACAUGUCGACAUGAAACAAAAGAGCGGUGCGGUUGUGCCGACCAAUAGGCAUGUCAUCGUUGUCAAGUUCCCUCGCGGUCACUUCACCUAUACUGUCCAGCCUUCGUUGCCUGAGGUCCUGGCUUGCUUCCCAGGCUCGACAGCUUCAAAGCUCUGCCAAGUAUCCGUUCAGUUCACAGACAACGCCCAGGCUACAAUCCAUGGUUACGGCGUGCCUUUCACCAACGUUUCGAACACCACGGUUGAGGGUUGGAUCAAUCGGCACGAGUCUUUCAUCAAUGGCAUGACCUUGCCGGAAUUCUUGCACCAGACCAGGUUUUCCUUUACCGUCGCUGCUGCCGUCAAUGAUGUCCAGGCCAUGAUGGACAUCGACAAGCUGCCACCGCCGUUUGAAUACCCUUAUGGCACAGACCACGAGUGGCACCGAGAACGCUACGAAGAACAGUCCCGCAAUCUCAAAGGAGAAAAAGCGUAUAUCUCAAGUCGGUUUUUCAAAGACGACAACAGUCACCUCACGGCGAUGACACAGUCUGUCGUCCAAGACGUUAUCUGGCUCGACCAGGCGGCCGAAGAGAUCAGUCGAACUCCUGGCCCGGUCUAUUUUGUCCCCUUCGACUCAUCCAUUAAUCCCGCUUAUGAGAAGAAGUUCUACAUCAUCGUCCCACUCACUCAAGAAUUCCGGGAUGCAUAUGCUUCUGCUUGGCGCCGCCUCGCCAAGAACCUUACGCUCAAAGUUGUUCUCUUCAGGCAUACGGACGACAAAGACCCCGCGAUCUGGAACUGCGAAAUCAUCGUAGCGCCGCAGAGAAUCAGCAUUCUGACAGAUCAUCCGACAGCCUUGCACGAGGUGGUCCUGAAGACGCGCCGACCCAAUAGCAGUGAGAAGGGUGAUGACGACUAUAACAAUAUCGCGGCUCUUCGCUUUGAUUCCGGACUCACCGACUACAAGAGAAAGGUGGUCGGACUAAAGGCUUUCGAACCAAUGGCCGAGUCUACGAAUCCGGUAGUCUCUGGGAGCAAAGAGGAGGCGGCGGACAAGAUGAGCCUGCACCGAGCAGUGAUGCGCGGCACUGGCUUCUGGGACUGGAUGAGAGGCAUUGAUCCCGCCACCAACAUUACCUCAGGCCUGGCAGCCACGCCCCCGAAGCGACAACCAUUGCCAAAACUACGCGAGCUUCCUGUCGUCGACUUUGUAGACAUCGAUGACGUCGAUUAUGUGAAUGCGUUGCUUCACGAGGCCCUUCCCACAGACCGAGUUCGCUUCAAGGGCUACCUGAGCCAUCGCCCUCUCGGACUUGGUAUGAUGACUGCUGUGAGUCAGCUUCACCAAAAUCUAUGGCAAAGUUGA